UCAUCUGCAAAUAUACUGAAGGUGCACUCGAUCCCCUCAUCCAGAUCCUCAAUGAAGACAUUGAACAACACCGAACCCUGACACCGACUCGAUGAGGGGCUGACCUCAGCCCCUGACGGUUGCAGGCACAAACCGAGCGGGUGCUGAGGCGCUGGCACAGGGUGCUCAGAGAAGCUGUGGCUGCCCCAUCCCUGGCAGUGUUCAAGGCCAGGUUGGACACAGGGGCUUGGAGCAACCUGCUCUAGAGGAAGGUGUCCCUGCCCGUGGCAGGGGGGUGGAACUGGAUGAGCUUUAAGCUCCCUUCCACCCAACCCAGCCUACGGCUCCGCGCCCCUCCCCGGCCCGGCUCUGCCCGUGCGGCCUCGCGUCAGCGCCGGGACCCGCCCGCUGGGGGCGGGGGUGGGGUUAGGGCCGGCGGGGCGGUGGCUGCCCGCCCUUAGCGCAGCACUGAGCAUGCGCACCCCCCCCCGCCGCGCGCGCCCCCGUUAGGUCAUAAAGGUGAGCGGCCGUGCCCCAACGGGCCUCCGGAUUGGUCCGCGGCGGAGAGCUACAUGGCGUCCUCGGGCCGCCUCAUCGCCGCGAGCCAAUGGGAACCCGCGCCCGCUCUCCGCCUCGGGCUGCAGCUUGAACCCGUCCCAGGGCUGUGUGACGGAGGCAGCGUGCUCCCUGAUUGGCUCCGGAGCUUCGGCUCGGCCCGGCAAUAGCCGGAAGAGAAGCCUCUUUCCUAUUGGCUCCCGAACGCGCUGCUAGGGCGGUGGCAGCGUUUUCCGAUUGGGCCUCUGUUUCGCUUCGGGGAGACUCGGCUGCGCCCGUAAUGGCUUCAUGAUUGGUUACAGACAUUUCCGUAACGGCCUCGGGAUUGGUCCCGAGGAGGCUCGGAUGUUUCCGUGAGGGCCUCGGGCUGGGGUCUAACGAAUGCGUCGGACUCUUCGGCUGGGUAUUCACUGAAGGCGUUUAGGGCCAUUCCGCAGCGUAGGGCGGCGACAAGCAUAGGCGGCUGCGCGGCUUUGGCGCACACACAGAGCGCAGCAGCAGGAGCCCGGCACGCAGCGGAGGCAGCAGCGGGGACAAAGGGACUGAUCGGCACAAACGGGGAGGGGGGGCCCGGCAGGAGGCAGCCGGCGCCGGGAGGGAGCGGCAGGAGGCUUCAGCCGGGCGGGCGAGUCCCAUGUGCCUUGGGCGCCCGGGGAAGCAGCACUAACCGCCGCCGUCAGCGCUCUGAAGCCGGCUGAGGAAGAACCGCGGAGCCGUCGCCGUCGUCAUGGCCUGCGCCACCGCCGCCGGCCGCAUCCCGCAGUGCAGCGUCCCCAGCCUGAUCCGCCGCCAGCUGCCCCUGCGGGCGCAAUGAGGAGCCGGGCCGGAGCCGCCGCCUCAGCGCCGCACUGAGAAACCUUCGUGAGCUGAGCGAGGCCGCCCGGGCCGCUUCACCGCUGCUCCGCCCGCCGCGGAUCCCGCCGCCACUGCCGGAUCCCCUUGCGAGCGGCCGCAUCACCUCCAGUCGGCGGAUCCGGGAGCACAGAGAUCCCUCCGCCGCCGGGGAAAAAAAUAGUCCCGUUCCCUGCCGCCUCCCUCAGAGGCGAGGGGGAAGGAGAGGAGAGGGGUGGGGGGGGAGAAAGAGGAGGAAGGAAAAGAAGGGGAAGGGGGAAAAGAAAGAAGGAAAAGGGGGAUAAGAAAAACAAGGGACGCAGCGGCGGGAUCAGAGGAGCCGGGCCGUGAGCCGCCGCCCCAUGUGACUGGCGCCCGGGGUGGGGGCAGCGAGGCCUAGCCAACCCCCCUCGCUCGCGGCCGGGAGCGGGAGCGGCGCCGGCCCGGGGGGGCUGCGGACUGGGCGGAGGCAGGUCUCGGACCCACCGGCGCUGCCGGGAAGGAUGGUUUUGUGAGGAACGGGCGGCGUGAGGAAGAAGAGGAAGACCGAAGGAGAAGCAGCAGCCGCCGCUGAGCGCGACAGAGACCGCGAGGGGAGGGGGCUUCCCCGGGGGGGGGGAAGGGGGGACCCCGGCGUUUCAUGUGGCGCGUCCCGCCCGUCUCCUCCAGCUGAGCGAGCGAGGGAGCGGCAGACGGGCCCGCCGGGGCGAGGCGGAGGAGGGGGAAAGGCAGGAAGAGAGCGGUGAUCGGGGCACAGCAGGAGCGGGAGAACCAUGUCCGGGCGGCCCAGGACCACCUCCUUCGCGGAGAGCUGCAAGCCGGUGCAGCAGCCCUCGGCCUUCGGCAGCAUGAAAGUUAGCCGAGACAAAGAUGGCAGCAAAGUGACUACAGUAGUGGCAACUCCUGGACAAGGUCCGGACCGACCACAAGAAGUUAGCUACACAGACACCAAGGUUAUCGGAAAUGGAUCUUUUGGUGUUGUGUAUCAAGCCAAACUCUGUGAUUCAGGAGAGCUUGUGGCCAUUAAGAAAGUCCUGCAGGAUAAAAGAUUUAAGAACAGAGAGCUCCAGAUUAUGAGAAAGUUGGAUCAUUGUAACAUUGUCCGAUUGCGUUAUUUCUUCUACUCUAGUGGAGAGAAGAAAGAUGAGGUGUACCUCAACCUGGUGCUGGACUAUGUUCCUGAAACAGUAUACAGAGUUGCCAGACAUUAUAGUCGGGCCAAACAGACACUCCCUAUGAUUUAUGUCAAGUUAUACAUGUAUCAGCUGUUCCGGAGUUUAGCCUAUAUCCACUCCUUUGGGAUCUGCCACCGGGAUAUAAAACCACAGAACCUCUUGCUGGACCCUGAUACAGCUGUUCUAAAGCUCUGCGACUUCGGAAGUGCAAAACAGCUGGUUCGUGGAGAACCUAAUGUCUCAUACAUCUGCUCUCGGUACUACAGGGCACCAGAGUUGAUCUUUGGAGCCACCGAUUAUACCUCCAGUAUAGAUGUGUGGUCAGCAGGCUGUGUAUUGGCUGAACUGUUACUAGGACAACCAAUCUUUCCAGGUGACAGUGGUGUGGAUCAGUUGGUGGAAAUAAUCAAGGUUCUGGGAACGCCUACAAGGGAGCAAAUUAGAGAAAUGAAUCCGAACUAUACUGAAUUCAAAUUCCCUCAGAUUAAGGCACAUCCAUGGACUAAGGACUCGUCAGGAACAGGACAUUUCACCUCAGGAGUACGGGUCUUCCGGCCCCGCACUCCACCAGAAGCAAUCGCGCUAUGUAGCCGUCUGUUGGAGUACACCCCCACUGCCCGCCUGACUCCCCUGGAGGCCUGUGCGCACUCUUUCUUCGAUGAACUACGGGACCCAAAUGUCAAGUUACCAAAUGGGCGAGAGAAACCUGCACUCUUCAAUUUCACCACUCAAGAACUGUCAAGUAACCCAUCUCUGGCUUCGAUCCUCAUCCCUGCUCAUGCCCGGAACCAAGCAGCUGCUUCAACCCCUACAAACGCUACAGCGGCCUCAGAUGUUAACGCAGGAGAACGAGUUCAGACCAAUAGUGUAGCUACAGCAUCAGCCUCCAACUCCACCUGAACCAGUACCAAGCAGCCAGCUGCACAGGAAAAAAAAUCACCAGUAAUUUGAGUCUUGCUCAGCAACACUGGUCACAUUUGGAAAGAAAAUUAAAAAGAGGAGAAAAAAAAAAAAAACCCAAAAAAAAAAAAAAAAAAGAAAACAAAACAAAAAAAAAAAAAGAACAACCAACCAACCAACCUGUUCAUUUUAGUGUUCAAUUUUUUAUUAUUAUUAUUGUUGUUCUUAUUUAACCUUGUAAAAUAUCUAUAAAUACAAACCAGUUUCAUUGUAUUCUCACUCUGCAGGGUGUCCGGGGCAGGGGACUAGGUGGGGGGGGAGGAGGGAAAGCGGAGCAAUACAACACACCAGUGUCUCUCCCCUCGACAAUCUCUUCAUGUUGGAAGUUUGCUGUUGUGUACUUCAGAACCAGGACUCUUGCCUCAUGCCCUCUCCCACAACAGAAAGAAGGAAAAAAAGGAAAAAAAAAACCAAAACCAAGAAAGAAAAAAAAAAAAAACAAACCCAAACCUCAUUCUCUGCUGAAAUUCUUUUUUUUUUUCUUUUUUUUUUUCUUUUUUUUUAACCUCUUUUUUUAUUUUCUUUUUAAGUGAAGUUUCGGACUUUGAUGUAGUUGCACAGCUUGAAUUUGGUCGGGAGCUUAGCAGGGGUCAUGCAACAGAGCUCAGCGUUUCGUGUCAGCGAAUCCAUAUCCCAGGUUGUCUGAAGAACUGCCCCGGCUCGGGAUGGGGAGCGGGCAACGUGGUAGGAAAAUAGGUUGCCAUGGGGGGGGGGGGAGGGGGGAGGGUUUGCCGUGUAUCAAAGGCUUGACCCGCUAGUGGAAGCCUUUCAUUGUAAAAACCAGUGCUAGCGAUGAAGAAACCUGCAGCUUCAGUAAGGGAAAAGUCUUACCCCAGUGGGUUCUAUAUAAUAUAAUACACACACAUGCACGACCGCAGCCCGAUAGCUUUUGGAAGCAGCUCCUUUGCCCCGCCGGAGCUCCUGCCCCGUGGCCGGUGCCGGCGCCCAGUCAGCUCCCGUCUUCAGCAGAGAAGAGCGGACGAACAAAACCCUCGGCCCAGCCGGGGAUGUUUAAGGGACUUUUUGGGAAGUGGCCGCUGUGAAAGCGGGUUUGGUUUCGGGGUUUAUUUCAUUUCCUCUUCUUUUCUCCCCCACUUUUCCCCGGCUCUCGGUUUGAACAGGCUGCCCUUUCCCAAGGUGCGUACAGGAGAAGGACACCAGGGUUUAUAAUGUGAACUGUUAACAGUCUACUGGUUUAUUUUGUAAUACUUUCCUUUUUUUAACUGCAGUUUUAACUCGCAGGAUGCCACAUUCUCCGAUAGUUCUGAUUUUAAAUCCACAGCUAGAAUCUGUAUUUAAUUUCAUCUUUUUUAACCUCUUGCUUCUUUUAUUUUUUUGUUUUUGAUCUCUAUUUAUUGAUGCGUGUUGCCACGUUGCCAUUAUGGUUUUACAUUGGGUAGAAUAUUAAAAUACACAUCCGAGUGCUCUCGACAGUAAUAUGUACCUGCUGACUUGUAGGAAAGCUGGCUAUAUAUGAGUGUGUGUGUAUAUAUAUUAUAUAAAUAUAUACAUGUAUACAUAGAUACAAUACUGCUUUUUUUAUUUUGUCUACGAUCUCGAAACAGUCUGCCCGGAGCGCGAGGUGAAUGCUUGUUCUAGUCCAUCUGUUCAGGGCCCGGGUUUCCUCCCUGCGGCGGCGCGUGGCGCGAGCAUCCACGUCUCUCUUCCUGAAGUCAAAGCAAUAUUCCUCGGGAAAGGGUCAGGUGAGCGGCCGGACGCAGCCGCGGCGUGGAAACGGGACUUGCGGAGACCUGAGCUUGUCGUAGGCUUGCGGUGGGUGUCCGCUCCGGCCUUACCCCCCUUCAGAGGAGCUGUAGUCCGUCACCUCUGGUGCUUAGCGAGCUGUUCCAUCCCACCCGGGCAUCUCUUGAGGCAAGCGGUUGCUUUUUGGGAGCACGGGGAGCGUUGCGCGGCCCCGGGGUAGGCGGCAGUAGCGGCUUCGGCGCGCUCGGCCGCGGCAGCAGCAGGGCUUUUGCUCACGAGCUUGGUGCGUUUCUUGGACUUUUUUACACUGUUGAUGUGGGAUUUGUUUUGUGGUCACUCGUAGCAGCCCUGGAGCUGGGAACAGGCCUGCCCUCUCCCCCCGCCCGGCACGCAGCGCGGUUCCGGGGAGGCAGGAGCUGUUUGAAGAGGUGAGUGACCACCUACAUGUUAUGUUUGCUGUCGGGCACACACACGCACACACACACAUGAAAAAAAAGGGGGUUUUAAAGCUCUUUAGCUGUUGUUAAAUCCCAGCUGGCUGCAUAGGAAAGCACACCCACAUUUAGAAACAGGCAGCUUUCCAAAUCCUUCCCUGCAACCGAAGAGGAAGGGCUGAAGAGCAUCUGAACGCGGGAGCUCGGCUAGUCAGUGUCCCAGAAGGUAAGUGGAAGGGCUUGGCUGACCCAGUGAUCCAGAUAGAUGCGGGAGACUCCAAAAGCAGGGCAGCAGCGGGGGACGGAUCCGCUGUGUAGGCAACACUGCUGAGGCAUUGGCCGCAGGCGCUGUCAUUUGGAGGUAGUGAAUUACACAGCGUUUAAAAACAGUAAUAAAAAUAAUGGAGAGAAGCUGCUGCUUGUGCCAGGAAAUGGGGCUGCUCUUCCCUUCCCUUUAGCCUUCGGGUUGAAGGCUGGAGAAGGGGAGCGCAGAGCUUUCCUCUCUGGUUUGGUGACUCUGCCGGUGUCUGUGUGUGUCGUGUGCGUGCGUGUGUUAGGCUGGGGAGGGUCAGGGGUGCCCCUCUGGUUUGAUUUCUUCUUUUCAAGGAUCAUGGCAGGAUCACACACUCUUUUAUACAUGUCAGAUCCAGGUCUUUGAACAACCUUUUUUUGUAAAUAAUGAGAAAGAAAAAGAAAAAAAAAAAAAAUAGGAAAAAAGAAAAAAAAAAGGAAAAAAAAACCAACAACAAAAAAAUCCCCCGAAAGCUCCUCACCAAAUUCAAGCGUGUACAUUCGUACUCUUGGUUGUUGUUUGAGUUUUGAGUUUUAUUGUUUUGUAUGUAAAUAUGUGGACCCAGGAACUGUUAUUAAUGAGCAAAAAGUUACCGUUCAGGGCAGUGAUUCUGUUUAAUAAUCAGACAAAAUGUAGACGAGCUUUUUAAAGCCAUAUAGUUUUAACUCUGUACAGUAGGUACCGGCCUGUAUUAUUGUAACAAUAACUCUAGCGAUGUAUAGUGUAUCUAUAUAGUUUGGAGUGCCUUCGCUUCCAUGAUUUUUUGAAUUUUAUUUCCCUUUUUUUCCCUCCCCCUCCCCCCCUUUAUUAAUGAUGUCUCUCCCCUUCCUCCCUCCCCAAACCCGCAUCUUUGCUCCCCCCUCUGCUUUCUAACUCUUUGAGUGCUGUAAGGUUUCGGUGAUACCCUGAUCAGUAGCGGAACGAGAGGAAACCGUCUCCACCAUCAUCCAUUUCAUGGGAGCCGUGGCUUUGGGGAUGUCUCCAAGUUGCCCACCCUGCCCUCUCCUCCUCCCGCUAGCAGCCACCGCUUCCGUUCGGACACUUGCCCCAGAGCUCAUUUAGACUUUGCUCAUUGAUCCCCCCCCAGUUCUGCACCCGGGGCUCAUCCGGGCGGCAGCAGCUUCCAGGAGGCUCGGCCUUCCCACCCUCCCUGCGGCUGUGCCGGGGGCAGCGGCCGGGCCCCCAGCGAGGGAACCCCCUUCAUCCCGCAGGGAUGCUCCGCUCGGAGCCCCUCAGCCGCAGCGGGAGCGGGGGCAUCGCUGUAGGAGACUGUGGUGGUUUCUUCUGCCCAGGGGCACUUUGUGUUCCCUUCCUUCUCCUUGUUUUCCUGCCCCCCCCCCCACCCCUCCCCAAAGUCACUUUUUGUUUUCUUGAGAUAAGUUUAACAUGACUCUUGAUUUCUUGUGCCCAGCACGAAGGCCUUGUUUCUAAAACUAGUUUGCUUGUGUUUUACUACCUUGUUAGUAUUCCACAUAAGAUUGUCUUGAAUGGGAAAACACUUAACUCUUUACCAAACCAAAGGUUGCUGUUUUAUUUCGAAGCAUCUCGUGUUCAUUCCAGUGAAGCAGAGGCUGCACUUUCUUUCUGGUGACACGAAGGUCAGUGAUGCCAAGCUGUUGGUGACAGUCUGCUCAGAGCUGUCCCUCUCUUCUGUUACUCUCUUUCGGGCUUGUUUUUUAACCCAGUCUGGUCUUGAUCUGCCCUUUACAUCAGCCUUGCUGUGGCGUGGGUCUCUGAGCCGGACUCGAUCGCAGUCCGUCUGCCCCAGUGGACGCCUGAUCGAGACGCUGGUGUUCUUUAAUCUUACAUUUACCUACCUUGCUAGGGAAAGGAAAAAAACAAAAGACCUUCAAAAGAAAAUUGGCUGGUAGAAGAUCCCCAACACUUUGUCCUCUUAUUUCGAAGCCAAGCUUUAGCUAAAAUAACGGCAGGCGCCUGUAACUUGCAACUUAAAGUUCCCCACCCCUGGUUUUCAGUACUUGGAAAAGUAGAAUCCAAGCAGCCUGUCAGACUCGUGCUCCUGUACUGGGAACCUCAGCCACCGCAGAGGAAAAGGAAAAGCCGAUGAGGAAAAGCACAGUAGGGUGUUCGGUCCGGGCUCUGCCCCUGGGGCACUGCCAGCGCAUACCCCGGGGUGGCCGCUCACUUCCACGGGGCUCUCGGCCGGUUCUGGUCGUAGUUGGCUUCGUUUUGCAACCCCGCAAUAACAGCAAAACGGACAGGAAAGGAAAACAGUACCUAAGGGGUUAGCUCGAGAAAAGUAGCUUCCUUGUGUUGGUCUUUCUCCAUUUAUUUUUAAUAUAUAUAUAUAAAAAAUAUAUUUAUAUAUAUAUAAUUUGCUUGCCUGUAAAAUUUGCGUUCAUUCAUGUGUUGCUGAUGGAUCACUUGGGCCUGUACACACCAAUUAGCGUGACCACUUCCAUCUUAAAAAAACGGAAAUCUAAAAAAAAAAAUAUAUAUAUAUAUUAAGGACUGUGGGUUGUAUACAAACUAUUGCAUACACUUGUGCAAAUCUGUCUUGAUUUAAAGGAGAAGCAAAACCUGUAUAACAUUAUUACUACUUGAAUGCCUCUGUGACUGAUUUUAUUUUAUUUCUUUUUUUUUCUUUUUUUUUCUUUUUUUUUUUUUCAUUUGAAAUAUAAACUUUUUUUGUGGAAAGUAUGCUCAAUGUUUUAUUAUUUCCCCUGCCCCACUCCCCCUUGUAAAUACGUUUUGUUCUGUGUGACUCGGUUCGGAACUAGUUACCUGGUACUGUAAUUUGCAUUAAAUAAAACGUAGGUUAGCCUGGAAAUGAAAUUUAAAAAAUACCAAGUGUGUGGUCUUUAUUUCAAAACAAUUGCCCCUUUCUUUCCUCCUCCUCCUUCCCUUCUUUCCCUUCUCCUCGCCCUCACGCCUCUUUCCACUCCGCAAGAAUUAGGUGGACAUGAAUCUUUGUAAUGAUAAUGAAAAGGAAAAACCACAAGAAAUAAGCAUGUUUUCUUAACUGAGCUGUGUUAUUCCAUGCUGGUUUUCAAGAGAUGCCAGCUUGUCUCUGAUACCGUUUGAUUUGAUGGAGAGAGGAACCCUGGGACACAAAUAACUUCAAAUUAAAACCAACCAAUCUUCCUUCCCCGUCCACCUAUAGAUACGAACUUAAGAACCUGUGUAAAGCGCUGGCUUUGAAUCCUGCACUCAUGGUUGUUUGGGUUUGGUUUUCUUUUUCUCAUUUGAUCCCAUUAGUAAUGUUCUUUGGUGGUGAUCUGUAAAGUUUGUCGAGACCACGUCCAGUGGACCGUUCCUCCAGCAAAUCAGCAGUAGCUCUCUCUGGGUUGGGUUUCCGGUACUGGAUGAUGUGUGUGUUCAACAUGACGUGUCUAUUAGCGCAAAAGAUAAAACAAACCUCCUUGUUCUGGGCUGUGUGACCCGGCCGGGGCCGCUCUGUCGCUAUCCUAAAGGCUAGAUGCGAGGUCAUGUGACUGCUGCUUCAAUAAAAACAGAUUUAUAUUGCA